AUGGGCAAGGAACUCUCGAUACUUUGUUUUGGCGACUCCCUUACAGCCGGAUACUACCAUUUUGGAUGCGACUACCAUCCAUACGCCUUGACACUGAAAGAUAAACUGCAGGCAGCCUUUCCCACCACCACAUUCACCGUCGACGAGGACGGCCUUCCAGGCGAUUUGGUCAUCAGCCCUGCCGGAUUUCUGCCUCGAAUCCAAACAAAAUUUGACAUGGCCAACUAUGACUGGGUUAUCAUUCUAGGGGGAACAAAUGAUCUCGGGAGAGGCUAUCGCGCUUCGAAGAUAUACCCUGCCCUACAAGAGGUGUGGGAGGUAGCUCUCCACAACGGCGGAAAUGUUCUCGCCCUGACUAUUCCUGGAUGUUCGGUUGUCAGUACGAAGCUUGACACGAGGAGAAACGAAGUGAAUUCGUCCAUACUUGCUCAUAAAGCGGAGGGAUUUCACGCAUUUGACCUGCAUGGCAAACUCCCGUAUCACGACGCCACAGAGGAGUUCAGGGAGAAGAUCUGGGAUGAUGGGCUGCAUCUAACUGCCGAGGGGUAUAAGCUCGUGGGUGAGGUGGUCGGUGAGCAUUUGAUUGCGCUGCUGAAGGACAAAGGUUUAUAA